AUGAGUCAGAGCAACGUAAGCAACAGCAGUGGAAGCAAUCCAUUCACGUUCGUUCUCAGUCAGUCGUUCCCCAGCAGUGUUUCUAAUCGCCGUGAAAAACGCCGCAGGUGCAGCCGCGCUCGCGCGUGCGUGCGUGCGUGCGUGCGUGCGUGCAUUGCCAUCUACCUCUAUAGAGCGAGAAUCUUACGCAGCUUCUUCUUCCUCUCCACACAUUUCUUAAUCCGCCAGAAGUAUCCGCUGUUCGCGGGGCAAAGAUAUCAUCGAUCUCACGAGUCAACAUGCGGCGGACUCAUCGAGAAAAUCGCGAGUAUCCACGCCACUGGAGGUCUGCUAGGUACAGCAAGAGCAGCACGAGCCGGGCCUGCAGAGUCGCGGUCGAGCGGAGGCGGUGGGAGCCGUCCUCUCCAUCGUAGCGAGGAGCGAAGGAGAAGCAAAAAGGAGUCGGACGUCGAAAAGGGUCUUAUAAAGGGUCCUAACAGUGUUCCAACAAGAUCCAGUAGAAGGCAGCAGGUUCUGGCAUUUGGUACUUUGGGCAAAGGGAGAAAUUUUGGGCCUGGUCGGACAAGAGAUGGUCAUCGGUUCUUGGGUAUAACACCACGUUUCUUCACCAGAUGGCAGCACCUAGACGGAGCACUUCGCUGUCGCGAACUCCGUUUAGUCUCGCUUGAGAUGUGCAGCGAGAGUUACUGAUGGGAGCUCAAGCAUCUCGAGAGCGAAAAUAUUUUCUUUCGAAUU